AGCAGAGUUGACUGCUACGUUCCGUGCAUGCAUCUCAUAGUUAAAUGUACACCACGAGUCUGUCUCUCUGGUACGUACGUGAUAGGACGCGUCGGUGUGUGUGUGCAUGCUAUAAUACGGCAAGUGUGGCAUAUUACAUGUAGUAUAAGCGAGCUUGAGCGAGAGCAACGAAGCGAUCGCGGUGUUGUUUAUAGUGUGACUCCAAUGAAAAUGGGUCGAGACGAUACUCGCUCUAUCAACUGAAUAACAUCGGUGAGCCGACGCAAAAAAGUGCAAAAAUCGCGAGUGUAGUGUCUGUGCCAAGUAAUCUGAGUUUUUCCUCGUACGAGACUGCUUUUCUUCAUCUUGGUACCUUCUUUUUACUCUCUGCUCUUUUGCUGAAUCUACUUGCUCGAGCUCCUCAACGACUAGCUACAUAAGGCGCAUUUCCUCUUUUUUUUUUAAAUUCGUGAGCUCCGAGUAAAAACAAAAGCCAGAGAGAGAGAUAAGUUCACUGGGUAAACGGAGUAAAGAUUAUUCAACCGAAUUGAAAAGUGCACGUUGAAUCUUUUUCACGUCUGUCAAUUCAUUUGUCGCCAAUCUCCGAGAUAAAGUGGUCAGGCUGUGGCUCGUCAUCGUCGAAUCGGAAAAAACAAUUUCCAAGCGCGAGAAUCAAUCUCCGGACGUCCUACAACCUACGAGCGGCAUAAUAUUGAAUUUUUCACGAAAUAAUCCAAUAAAAAAAGUUGGCGCAUCGCGCAACAACAUCGGGGUCUCGAGCCAGGUCAGAGCUGCAGGCUGCAACCCGCAGUAGUAGUAUCGAGCAUUGCAGGCUCAUAAAAGCGUGCAUGCGCCUCGCUUGCAAAGCCUAUACGCAGUGCCGGCGCGCGUCUCGCUUUCCUCUCGUAUAUAUGCUGUUGUUAUAUACACUAUAUACGUGCUGCAUGCGAACCAAACGCGAGUGCAGCUGUGCAGCGUCACUUUUCUAGGAUUCCGAUUCCAAAGUGGGCAGCGUUUGAGAAGAGCAUAGCUCUCGAGAGGCGGAAUUUUUUGGUGCGUCUUGUGCUUCGCUCGUUGCGAGCAGUUCACGUUUCAGGAGAAACACAGCUUUGAUACGUCGACGGAGACGGGACGAUUUUGUUGCUGCACUCGAUAGCGUGGAAGCACGGCACGCUACUCGCGAUUGUGUAAUACUAGUUUAUAUACGUGCGCCUCAGUGUAUGUUCUCUCUUUUCCGACGAGACGUCCAUUCUGUGCGACAUAUCGUAAGGCUCAUCGUGCUCCGUCUAUGUAACAUCGUGUUUCUCACCAAGCUCCUCCAAGUCCUAGUCCAUUCCAUUUGACAAUUGAAUCAUUUCAAAAUUUCAACUCAUCUAGUGCUUGGUCUCUCGAAAAGAGCGUCGAUGGGUCGUAGCGACUCUAUGACCGGUGCAACGAGCAGCUCAGCUCAGGCUAUAACAAUUUACCAGCUCGAUAAUGUUGGACAAAAAUAUUCUUGUAAACAACAAAAGCAACGACGGUGUGACUCCCAUGAACAUUGAUUGUUCAGGAGAAACUAGUCUCAAAAGAUCUAAUAGUGCACCCAUGAUCAACGAAAUUGCUGCCACUAUGUCUGUUACAGCAACCACCACUCCUGCUCCUCCAAGAGAUGCUGUAUCCCCGUUUACUAAUUUUUCCAAUAUAUCCCGGUCAAGGAGAUUCAGCACAAGCAGUCCAACUGCAGCAGCUGUGAUGGCCAUUGGACCAAGAUUAGCACCAAGAGUAAAUCAGUUAAGAAGAGAGGAGUGUAUUGACGUAGUUGCUGGUCGUGAAGCAGCUCAUGAAAAAGAAAUUCAUAGUGCUAUACAAAUUUCCCAAUCUUGGGAAGAUUUGACAUUUGAAACUGAAAGUUUAACUUUCAAAGAUUCUUCUACAGAAUCACCUCCAUUAGGGACAUCAUCACAAGUUAAGCCAGAUAAAAAGCACAAAAAGGUCUUUGAUACUUUAAGUUUGAGUUUAUCUCCUGGUUCUCCAUCGUGUUCUUCACCUUCGCCUACAAGAUCUGGAUUAGGCCAAAGGCAAUGUUUUUCACCGAGUUUGCAUGCUUGCUCAGUAGCUUGGAAAAAUGGAUCAUUAUCACCAAGUCCAACUAGGAAAGCUUUUGCUACCAGAAGAAGUUUAAGUCCUAUUUCAAUUCGCCCAAGCUGUCUUGGAGGAGCAGCAAUGAAAAGAAAAUUUGAACUAGAUGAAAAUUCUGAUCGGUUGAUACAACCUCCUAUUAAAAGAGCCUUUAGUUUAGUCAACCCAUCACGAGCCGAAACAUCAACUAGUCCGUUUUCAACUCUUACUUUAAAUAGUACUGGUUCGGUAGGGACACCAGAGUCAAUAUCAAGCGUAGAUUCGCCGAAUUUUUCUAAUCAGCUUGCUGAAGAAAGUAGCCCUGCAUCUGGACGUAUGCAAAGUGAUGAUACUAGUAUGUCAGAUAGCAAUAGCAAUGGUAUUCAACAAGUAAAAGCCAUGGAAGCUGAAACAAUACCAAGCAGUCAAGAAAAUACAUGUGACGCUGAUAUUAGGUGAAUACUCAUCUCUGCAGUUUGUAAAGGUUUUAUGAAUCCUGUUUGUAAAUUUAACCCAUCAUCUAUCUAUUUCCAAAAUCAAGUUAUCGAGCAUCUCCAAAAUGCUUAUAAAACCUAGUCGGUAUAUUAAAUUAAUUCAUUGAGUGGUGCACCUGUGAUGUUAAUGAUAUAAAAGAUAUAUUAAAGCAAGUAUCUAUAUGAUUUUAGUACUUGCUUCUUAUAGUAUGAAUGCAUGUGAAAAAUUUAAUAUUCUAUGUGAGUUCAAUUGUUUAUUAUUUACAUAAUUUAUCAAGUAGUAUAGUUUAUAUAAAACAAAUUUUAAAAGUUUCAUCCAAAAUUCCAGUUUGCUAUUUGAUAAAGGGCUUUAAUUGAAUUUCUCGAAUAUCAAUUGUUCUUAUUUUGGUGCAUUUAUAAUUAAAGAACGUGGAAAGAACUUUUUACUAAAUUCAAAUUUGUAGGACAAAUAUCAAUAAUUUUAAUAAAUGUCUUUUAAUGCAUUUAUUCAUUUCAAGUUCAAGACAAGUUGCUGUGUAAUAAUCUCUAAAAGAUCACUAUUUCAAACGCCUAUAGUCCUUGAGUAUAUUUUAAACUUGAAAAAUAUUUUUAAAAAUUGUUCCUAACUCCUAUAUGAAAUUAAUAAAAGUAUGAGUAUCGGUUUGAGAAGAUAAAAAUUUUAAAUUCUCAUCAAAUAUUUUUUUGCUUUCAUAUGUUCAUUUAUAGGUUCAUUUGAGAAUAUAUAGAUAUAACAUCUUAGAGAGCUUUUAUAUUAGUACUGAUGAAACUUCAUAUUUUGAUCAUAAUUUUAUCAUUAAAAAAAUGUUCACUGAGUAUAUAAUUAGCAAUUUAUUAGACUUGCAUUUUUUAAUGACUGUUUAAAAAAAUUCACUUCUGAACUAAAAAUAGCGAAUUUGAUUAAGAAACUGGGUCAACCUAAUGUUUUGACCAAUCAUUUCUAAAAACUAUAAUUUUUAAUCUUGGGCUUCUGAUUAUUUAUGAAGUAUUGUUGUUAGCUAAAACAUAUGGAAAUGAUCAAAGUAGAGAAAAUAGAAUCCCAUUGAAUUUUAAUCUUUUUCUACGUUAUUACAAGCAAUAAUUUUAAUAUAUUGCAAACAUUUCAAUUUACACGAAUUCAUAUUUGUAUAUUAUUAUAACAAAAGAUUUAUUAAUCAAUCAAUUUUAACAUUUUUUAAAAUUCUUAUUUAUACAUAGUAAUGUAUAUCAAUGCUGAAAUAAACUGUGAUAUGCAAAAAAAUGAAUUCAAAGCAUAAAAUUACAAGUUUCUACAGAGACUGCAAACAAAUUGUUUAAUAUUAGUUGUUCCAUCUUUAAUAACAAUCUAAUAUUGGUAUUAUUAGGAUUACGUAAGCAAGUUGCUUUAUAUUAAUUAAUUCAAGUACUAGUUUAAAAAUGUAAUUUAUUAUACAUACAAAGGAAAUACAUUUUAAAAUUAACUUUGAAGAGUGAACAAUAUGUAUUGGGUGUAUAUAUUAAAAUAUCUGUAAAUAAAUAUCCAAUGUAUUCAAUGAUAACAAUGUAAUAAAAAAGUCUGUAUAGGCGUCAUUUAAAAAAAUAACACCUUAAAUCGAUGAUUUUUUUAC